CUGAUACCACUCUUCCUAAUAAGUUUAGUUUCAUGUCGUGUGGUUUCUAGCAGCAUUAAUCUAAUCUGCUGCUCUGUGCUUAUUGCAGUAACUCUGUAAUGGACUCCGGCAAGCCUUGGCAGUAAAUGUGCAUGGUGUGGAUCUGCAAAGACACAUACAGAGCCCAGGAGCUACCUUCCUGACAUGAGUGCUCCAGCCUGGGUAAUGUGGUUGUUAUGGAGACGAACGCUCAUCCUUUGUCUUCUGCUAGUUUUCAAUGGAAUUCUUCUUUUACAAGGUGCUGCAGAUCACUGUGUGAAAGCAAUGAAAUGGAAGUUGCCGGUGUUCCAGUCCCCAGACGAGGCUUUGCAGAAGGAAGGCAGUAACAUCACAAUCAAUUGCACAUUUGAUGUUGGUCAGUGCCUGCUAUCUUCUGAUGAAGUUUACAUCAAGUGGUCAAGGAAAAUGAUGACUACAAAAAUCGGAGGUGUGUCUCACGGAGAAGUUUUUAUUUUGGAAUCCAUGAGGGACCGGCUGCAGGUCAGAUGGGAAGCAAAACUCCUGACCAGUUUCCUGCAUUUGCAUAGCUUGCUGAUUAAUGACAGUGAUAUUUAUGAUUGCGAGGUCACCAUCAUGAAGGACAAUCAGCCAAUGAUUGGACAAGGCUAUGGCACCAAUUUGACAGUUGUCACUUAUGAUGUAGGCCUGCCAGAUGGGACAACUUCCUCCAAGCCCAGUGGGAUUUCUACACUUCUGCUAUAUUUUUUUCUCUGUCGGGGCUUGUCGUGUGUGCUCACAGCCUUGGUCAUCUGCACUGUAUUCCAUCUUGGAUGGGGAACUCCAACAGAAACAUCAGUGCAAGAUCCCCAGUACUUCAAAUAAACUGUCCUCUGAAAACAGUAAUGAAGUUCUGACAUUUACUGUUAGUUUUCAGUGCAUUUUAUAUAAGUUUUGCUUUUAAAAUAAUUAUUAUUUAUUUAACCUAUCUGGUAUUCAAAACAUAAAUAAAUAAAUAUUAAUACACCUGGAGGGUAAAACUGAAAUGUAUUUUCCAUUCAAACAAAGCAGCAUAUUACAUUGUAUGUUUUAUGGUAUGUCAUUGUUUUCCACAUAUAUAGGAUAUCUGGAUUUGCCUAUGGUACAUGGAGCUUGCUAAAGAUAACUAAAGUUUAACCCAGCACGUCUGAUUGUUUGCCCACCUGAUGUAUAAACAAGACUGUAAACAACAGUCUCAGUCCUACUUCAGCAACCCUAGAAUUUCUAUCAAACUGUUAAAAGCUCUUGCCAGUUUUCAACUCACAAUCUCCUCUGGAUGACUUUCCCAUUAAUCCACCACCCUUUUUGUGAAAAAUGAUGUUGGCACGUUACUUGUGCUGCCUCAGUCUAUGUUCUGAAAUUGUGGCCAUUUUUCCUCGCACAUCACUUUCUUGUGAGAUUCUACAAUGUUGGACUUUGUUGAUUCACAGUCUCCCACCAUUUGUCUUCAACACAUUGAGAGAUAUACAGAAGCGCUGGUGUACAUAGUUUGUUAACCACACAGACUAAAUGAACUGUGAUGCAGAGGAAAUUAAGCAGAAUAUAUUAGACCACCACAGCUGUAAGGGUACUGUGGUAUGUCUUUUACUCAAAUGCUGACACUCUGCUCAGAAAAUGUAUUAUCAGGUUAAAAAAUAUAUGUAUCUAUAAAUAGAUAUACAUUUCUAGAAAGUGAUAACAUAUUUUACUGAACAACUGCCCCCAAAAAAUCAGUAUUAUGUAUUAAUGAAGCGAUGACACUUUGAGACCUUUCUAAGCCACAAUUAAAUGUCAUUUUUUUUAUAAAUUUCCCUGUGUCCUUCUUUAUUGGCUUUUAUAUUCAGAAGCAGAUUAAUGUAAUUCACAGCAUUAAAUAAUGCACACACACACACACACACACACACACACACACACACACACACACACACACACACACACA